AUGACUGAUAACGACUUAGUCAUUUUUAACAAUGUAACAUUGAAUUAUUCAACAAUCGAAAAUGUAUAUUUAUUAAUUCAAACAAUUCGUCCGCAAUGGUCAAAAUUUAAUACUAUCUUUAAAAAAUUUAAUGAUGGUAUUACCAAUACGACAAUUGGUCUAUUUCAAAUUGAUACUAAUACAAAUGAAAUUAAUAAUGAAUCUGAAGGAUUAAUUAUAAAAAUUUAUGGUCCAAGUACUGACUUAUUUAUAAAUCGUCAAAAUGAAUUAAAUAUAAUGAAAGAGUUAUCUAAAUAUAAUUUAUCUAAUAAUAUUUUGAUACAAUUUUCUAAUGGUUUUAUUUAUUCAUAUAUACAAGGUGAAACAUGUAAUUCAAAACAACUUUCAUCAAAACAUUUAUCAUUUCUUAUUGCUAGAAAACUUGCUCAUUAUCAUUCAUUACCAUUACCAAAUAAAAAAUUAGAUACAUGUUUAAUAUCACAAAUGAAAACUUUUAUUUCUUUAUUUGAAACAAAUGAUCAAUUACAUAAAAAUUUAUUAUCAGAUAUUAAAUAUAUUGAAACAUUUAUUAUGCCAAAAUUUAAGUUAGAUAUUGUUUUAUGUCAUAAUGAUUUAUUUUGUGGUAAUAUUAUUUAUAAUAGUGAAAAAGAUGAUAUUUCAUUUAUUGAUUUUGAAUAUAGUUUCUAUAAUUAUUGGCUCUAUGAUAUUGCUAAUCAUUUUUCUGAAUAUACUGAUUAUAUUGGUGAACCAAAUUUAAAUUUGUAUCCAUCAAGAGAAUAUCAAAAACAAUGGUUAAAAAUUUAUCUUUUUUAUAGAACAAAAAAAAUUGAAAAUGAUGAUUUUGACUUAGAUACAAUGUGUAAUUUAAUUGAGAAAUUUAGUGCUUUAGCACAACUAUUUUGGACACUAUGGCUAUUUGCACAAGCACAUUUAACAAAAAAUGUUAAUUUUGACUAUGAAAAAUAUGGGCAUAUGAGAUAUAACAUAUAUUUGGAAUUUAAAAAGUUUUUAUUUGAAGAUUAA